AUGCCCUUCAGUAGUUCAUUCAGCAUGAUGGCUGCGGAUGCUCACUGCUGCAUCCUGCAUCCGCACCGGCUCUCUCUCCUCUUUCUGACCGUCACCCUCUCCUCUCUGCCGGCCCCAACAGCAGCGCUGCUCGGCGUCCGGCCAGAGGACACACAGAGCGGAGAGUUGUCCGUGCAGAACGGCAUACUUAGGGCGACCGAGGGGACCCGCUUCAUGCUGAGGGUUUACUACUCCGUAUCUCCAGCUACGGAGCAUCCCAAUAACCUGAACAUCAGCGGCAGACCUGAUGCCGCCCCCGCAGCCCCAUGGAUCGCGUUCAUAGAGGAAACAGGAGGGGACAGCGGGGACACGGACAGGCGGCUUCGGUCCAGGGGGAAUCCAUGUGAAGAGGAGAAUGCCCGGAGCUCUGACAUCGAGCUGCUGGGCUCUUUCAAAUCCACCUCAAGUCACAACUCAGUUUUGGUGGAGCUGCUUGCCAAAGACCUGCGCAGAGGGGAGGUGAUCAAAUACUACUCCAUGUGCGCUUUUGAUGGAGUGAAAUGGGAGCAUUUCAGCACCAGAGACUUCUGGUUGGCAGUUGUGGAGAGACCUCAAGAGGCAGACGUUUGGCUCCAAGCGGGGGUCUCUGUGCUGCUUUUGGGGUUGUCAGCGCUCUGCAGCGGUCUGAACAUCAGCAUGCUGGCCCUUGACCCUGUGGAGCUCCGGGUCCUGCAGAACAGUGGCACAGACAAGGAGCAGAAAUACGCACGGAAAAUCGAGUCUGUGCGUAAACAUGGAAACUACAUCCUUUGCACUGUAGUACUGGGCAACGUGCUUACUAAUACAUGCUUUGUGGUCUGGAUGUGCCAGAUUUUAGGGAUGACUGCUCUGUCAACUGCCUCUUGUACUUUGGGGAUAUUCUUUAUUGGCGAGAUCUUACCUCACUCCGUGGCGUCCAGGCACAGUCUGGCCAUCGCCUCCAAGACCCUCUGUGCGACCCGCCUCCUGAUGCUGGUGUUUUUCCCCAUCGCCUACCCAGUCUCCAAAAUUUUAGACAUCAUGCUACACCAAGAGAUCAGCAACUUUUACACCAGGGAAAAGCUGGUGGCCAUGCUGCGCGUCACAGACCCAUACCACGACCUGGUCAAAGAAGAACUCAACAUUAUCCAGGGAGCCCUGGAACUGAGGACCAAGACCGUGGAGGACGUGCUGACCCCACUGUCCGACUGCUACAUGCUGUCGUCGGACGCCGUGCUUGAUUUCUGCACCAUGUCCGAUGUGAUGCAGAGCGGCUUCACUCGGAUCCCGGUCUACGAGAACGAGAGAUCCAACAUCGUGGACAUCCUGUUUGUCAAAGACUUGGCCUUUGUGGAUCCUGACGACUGCACUCCGCUUAAAACAAUUACUCAGUUUUACAAGCAUCCCAUGCACUGCGUGUUCAAUGACACCAAGCUGGAUGUGAUGUUGGAGGAAUUUAAAAGAGGUAAGUCCCACUUGGCUGUGGUGCAGAGGGUGAACAGUGAGGGAGAGGGAGACCCCUUCUACGAGGUGUUGGGCAUCGUCACCCUGGAGGACGUCAUAGAGGAGAUCAUCAAGUCCGAGAUUGUGGAUGAGACAGAUCUGUAUACUGAUAAUCGGACCAAAAGGCGGGUGUCCAACCAUGAGAGGAAACAGCAGGAUUUUUCCAUAUUCAAACUGGCAGAAAAUGAGCUGAAGGUGAAGAUUUCCCCCCAACUGUUGCUCGCAACACAUCGCUUCUUGGCUACAGAGGUGGAACCAUUCAGGCCGUGUCACCUGUCAGAGAAGAUCUUGCUGCGUCUAAUCAAACAUCCCAGUGUUGUGCAGGAACUUAAAUUCAAUCCCAAGAACAAACACGCUCCUCAACAUUACCUCUUCCAGAGAAACAAACCUGUUGACUACUUUGUUCUCAUCCUGCAGGGACGUGUGGAGGUAGAAAUAGGAAAGGAGGCUCUUCGCUUUGAAAAUGGAGCAUUUUCCUACUAUGGCAUGCCAGCACUCAUCCCACCCCUGCCUAUCGGUCACAGGUAUAGUUCGCGAGGCAGUGGUCUGAACCAAUCAGAUUCAUUGCUAAGUGGAAGCAGUAUGGGUCAGCUCACUACAGGAGGAGGAGUCUACUUGCCAGAUUACUCAGUCCGACAGCUCACAGACCUGCAGAUAAUCAAGAUUACCAGGAACCACUACCAGAAUGCUCUGACUGCCACAAGGAUGGACAGCUCCCCUCAGACACCAGACCCGGUGGACCCUGAUACUAAAGGGAGGCCUCCGGUCCCAGAGGCCCGCUCACACAGCAUCGCACUCCCCCUCACACACACACACACACGACUGGGACUAGCACGCCUCGCACACCUCCAUCCCCACGGUGGCCUUCGCAACACCUCCCAGCUCAAUGAAAGAAACCGUAUUGUUCGCAGUAAGUCUGAUGGCCAGAGGAGUCCGAACGAUACCGUGUUCCUCCGCAUGGAUGAGAUUCCCUACAUUCACGAGGACCGACCGGAAAAUUACGGAGAGGAUGGUGAGUAUGUGCCUACAGAGUCUCAGCCGUCCACCUCUCCCUUGAUCGGUUCUCUGUCUCUAUCCAGCUCUGAGGAAAACAUCGGAAAGAAGCUAUUGCGUAAAUUGAGUAACAAGAGGAGGAAAAAGUCUCGGGAUGGAGAUAAGAGUUUGGAAGAAGGUUCAGAGCAGCCGCCAGUGACAAGCUAGCACAGUGACACUGAAGAAGAGGGAUGAAGCAGACGCC